CCUAUUCAUCAACAUCAUUAUUCACAUGCAAAACAAUCAAAUAGUGAUGAUGAUUUUUCUAACAAACGACAAUUAUUAUCAUCAUCAAUUUCAACCACUUAUGCGUCAUCUACAUCAAAUUAUUCGUCAUCAUCACCAACAUCGUCGUCAGAUCAUCAUCAUCAUCGUCGUCGUCUACUUGUGAAGAUUUAUCCAAUCGUCAUGAUGAUAGUGACCGUGAUGAUAUUGUCGAAAAUCAGAAAUCGAAUAAUAAUUUAAAUUUAAAUUUAAAUAAAACAAAACAACAAAAUCAGACAAUGUUGACAAUUCCAUCACAACAAGAACAAAAAUCAUCAUCAUCUAAUGAUGAUAUUGGCUAUAAAGUUAAAGAAAAAUCCGUUAUACUACAAGAUAAUGAUCAAAUUAUGAAGAAAAAAAAAUUAUCAUUAUCAUCAAAAUCAUCAUCAUCAUCGAUUCCGUUAUCAAUAACAUCGAAAUAUAAUUCGGCAUUUGAACCAGACAAUUUAGAUGAUGAUCAUAUUGUUGAUGAUGAAAGAAAAAAUGAAUUUAAAAUAACAAAACAAAAUCGUUUGAAACAAAAUUCUUUUCCUAUUGUUGGAACAAUAACUGCACCAGUACAAUUAAUGGUUUCAAAAUUGCAACCAAAAACAGAAAAUUGUUUUGUUAGCCUCUAUGUAAACAAUAAACGUUGUUUAGUUAUGUAUAAUCGUGAAUAUUUGGCAUUUGAACCUGAAUUGACCACAACGAAAACAUUGUUGGCCAAUAAUAAUGAUCGUGUGACCAUAAAAUUAUCGGAUAUGAUGGCCGUUUGGAUAUGUUCAUGUCGUAUAAGACGUCAUAAACAACGUAGCCAUCGAUCAUCAAUACCAUUAUCAUGUAAUUGUAUUGAAAAUGAGUUUAAAUUACAAACACAAUCAUCGUUAUCAUCAUCAUCAAUCACAACAUCAUCAACAAUGGUAACAAAAAAUCGUCAUGAAUCAAUGAUAAAUCCUUCUAAAAAACAGCCACCAUUUAUGGUACGAAUAUAUUAUACUAUAUAUGAUUUACCAUCACGAAACAAAAAUGGCGGUUUCCGUUUAGAGUUAUUGACACUUAGUACACAUGAUGAUGAUCAACAUCGACAACGACAAUCAUCAUCAUCAUCGGCAUCAGCAUCGAUGACAAUUCAAUCAAUUUCAUCGAAUAAUAAUAAUAAUGAUGAUGAUGAUGAUGAUAUUGCUAUUCAUCGUGAAACACAAUUAUUAACAGAAAUUGCUUAUUCAAUUCGUACAAAAUUAGAAUCAUUUGAUCGUCCAAAACGUUUAUUAUUGUUUAUCAAUCCAUAUGGUGGAAAUAAAAAAGGAAUACAAAUAUUUGAAAAUAAAAUUAAACCAAUUUUGAAUAUAUCAUGUAUUCGUUCGAAUGUUAUAAUCACUGAACAUGCUAAUCAGGCUAAAGAAAUAUUGUUGGCCGAAACGACUGAUUUGAAUGAUUAUGAUGGCAUAAUAUGUAUUGGUGGUGAUGGUAUGUUUGGCGAAGUAUUGAAUGGUGUAUUGAUUCGUACACAACGUGAAAAUCAAAUCAAUUAUGGUAAUAUUGAUGCAAUGUUAAAAAAACCAGCACUUAAACUAGGAAUUGUACCGGCUGGUUCUACGGAUGCUGUUGUUUAUGCAACUUGUGGCCAUAAAGAUCCCAUUCAUUCGAUCAUAUCAAUCGUUUUGGGACGUACAAUCAAUAUUGAUGUUGGUGCUGUUCAUAAUCGUGAUGAAGAACAGCUGAUUCGAUAUACGGCUUCAUUUAUGGGUUAUGGAUUUUUUGGUGACACUAUUCGUGAAUCAGAAAGAAUCCGUUGGAUGGGUACAAAACGUUAUGAUUGGGCUGGUGUGAAAAAAUUUCUCAAACAUCGUUUAUAUAGUGGUGAGAUAAAAAUCUGUUUAGAACCAAAUGAUGGUUCACCAAAAGAUUAUAAUCCAUGUGGCAUCAACUGUUCAACAUGUCAACAAGCUGGAAUCAAAUCUAGAGAAACAUUGAGCGCCGAUGAUUCACCUGCUUGUAUCUCGAUACGUGGACGAUUUUUAGCAAUAAAUUCGGCAAUAGUAUCCGGUCGUUGUCAUAUGAGUAAAUAUGGUAUGUCACCAAUGGCACAUGUUGGAAAUGGAUGUGCCGAUCUGAUACUCGUAUCUAAAUGUUCACGUUUUCAAUAUCUAAGAUAUUUAUUCAGCGUUGCUUUUCAUACAAAAAGUCCUUUUGAAUUUGAUUUUAUCGAUUCAUAUCGUGUUCGUGAAUUUGAAUUCAAUCCAAUUGUUGAACCAACACACAAACGAAAAGGAUAUAUGUUUGAAAAAUCUAUCGAUUGUGAUUUUUUCGAUACAUUCGAAGAAUGUGAUUAUGGUUAUGAAUCGGCUAUUAAUGACGAAAUUAAUAUUGAUCGUGUAUCGAAAAAUUCAUAUAAAUCAAAUAUUCAACGACAAAAACAAUCCAAUCGUAAAAAACGAUGUAUAUUAAGCUCAAGUGUUUGGAAUUGUGAUGGUGAAAUUGUUAAUGAUCCAGCCAUACAUGUAAAGAUUCAUUGCCAAUUGAUUGAAUUGUAUGCACCUGGAUUCGAUGUUGGACGAUUAUUGGCCAAUGGUAAUAUACGACAAUAAUUUAUCAAUGACAAUGAUGAUUAUUAAUUUUAAACGAACAAAUUUUGUAAUCGAAAAAUUGGUUUUGUUUGUUUUUG